AUGGACUUUCUUCGAUAUAAUCAGAUCUAUCCCAAUUCCGUGGAGGCGCUCCCACACAAGCUACUCGUAAUCAGAAAGCUCAACGAGGUCAUUGCAAACGGGGGCGAGAUUUCCAGUGACGAUAUUAUCCUCGCGAUCUUGGUACUCGUCUUCCACGAGACCUUGAAAGUCACCGAGGAGAAGAGGAGGCCCUUCAACUUUCCGCUAAGAAAAGCACAGUGGCUGAACAUCUACGGACAUAUCAAGUCUAUUUUUGAGCGCAGAAAAGCUGUCCUAGAUCUGCCAAAUCUCAGAGGAGGCCUUGAGACAUUCCAAAUACCUGGCCUAGCCAAGACGGUCGUCGGGUUCGGUUUCCUCUCCCUUUCACUUCUAUUCCCUGACCCGAGGGACAAGCCAACACCUACUACCACAGCGGCGACAUCAUCGAUGAUCUUCGGCGUUGCGGUUGUUGCGGUUGUUGCACCGCUACCCAAUACGUACGAUAUGCUGCAGAUUUACGUCUCGCGCCUGAAAGCCGUGAUCGGAAUAUCCAGCCUUCUGGUACUUCAGAGGAAUACCUCUAAUUGCGCAUCCCAAAAAUUACAGUACCACUUAGACAAAUUUCUGCUUUGGGGGCUCGUCCUAGGCGGCAUUGCGAGCUUGGAUAAACCGGAGAGAGCCUGGUUUGUGGAACAGUUGAAGAUAGUUAAGGAGGUGUUGUAG